GCGAAGUCGCUUUUUAGGAAAUUCAAAUUUUGUCAAAUGCAAAUUUAAGCAAAGAUUUGUACGUUCUUUCGUUUUAAAUCUUAUAUUUACCAAGGUAUUUUGAGCGAAAAUUAAAGGAAGAAAUAUCAAAUUAGUCCGUUGUACAUUGAACAAUGCCAGUAAUUAAUUCGGAUGAUUGUUUGUGCAGUUUUGAUGAUAUAUGCCGGGGUUACACUCCUAGGAGUUUUGAUCAAAGUGUACCCAGUCAGGCGAAGGACGCUGCGGAGAAUAUUUUGAAUUCUCAAUGCAAUUGUUGCAAGUGCAUCAGAUGUCCAAUAUCUGUUAUUAAACGUUUAUGUCAGCUUGCGAUGAGGGAAGAACAGCAUGUUCCUCCUAAAGAGAGAUACUCCGUAUUUGAAGGUGGUCGAAGCCUGAGUUUUGACAGGAGAGCACGAUCCCAUGGACGUGGUGAUUUCAUCUACAGAAGACAGACUGAUUAUUCUUCAGAUGAAUUAUUAAAGUCUAGAGGAUGCAGUAGUUCAUUUAAAGAAAAAUCAAGGCCCAAAAAAUCUAUUGACCCAGACUCACGUGACUCUCGAAAGUUCGACAGAAGCUCCACCAAACUGAGGAGUCGAAACGUGAGAGAAAAAACUUCUUCCUAUGACACCAAUGAUCAAGACCCUCAGCUUAGAAGAAAAAGAAGACAGAGGCUGGCAAGAAAGUCGUCCUUUUCCUCAGUAACAUCAAUUGAUAAAUCUCUAGGAAGGUCUAGGAAGGGAAGAGGUCGAAAACAACUAGUGAAAACUGAAUCGGAAGCAGAAGUCAAGGGAGGGAAGCCUAGGAAAAGCAAAACUAAUUCACAAGGUAAAGGAAAGGCACUAAAAAAUAAAAGUAAAAAACAAAGCCAAGAAACCACAGAUGAUGAUUCCGCUCAAACAAACAAAAUACGCAAGCAAAGAAAGGGCGAUACUCUCGAGAGUGGAGAAGUCAGGGAUGUUGAUUCCAUUCAAGGUGAAGGAAAGAAGAGAAAAGGUAAGGCGACGCAAAAGAACAGGGAUGAAAAAAGUCCGAAUACAACUGAAAAGGAUACAGAUAUUGGUGAUAUGUUGUCGAAAGGCAAAGGGAAAAAAGGAAAGGCAGGAAAACAAGACCCUGAAGAUGUCACAAAAAAAGGAGUCACGACAGACACAGAUGCCUCGAUGCUUUCCGUUAAGCGAAAUAAGAAGACUCCAAGAGCAAAAGCAGAAGAUGUUGAGUCAAAAACAGAUCGUCCGAUGGAUUCAAAGAGCAGAAAAGGAAAAGUAAAACCGGCGAAAGGAGAGGAUGUGAGUGAAUUCCACUCACAAACUGCUUUCCUGGAUGCGAAGGGAGAGGGAAAAGGGGCAGCCAGUCUUCGGAAAAAAUCAAGAGAUAAGGUUGCCGAUUCCGAGCUGAAAAGCAAGCAAACCAAAAAAUCGGCGAAGAAUAAACUUAAAGGUGCGCCUUCUAGGAGAGUUGAUGAAUUGAGCUUAGCAAAGAAGCGAGAAAAAAAGAUGGAAAUAUUAAUUAAAAUGUCUCCCAGUCAUCUAAAGUCUUCGAGAAGCGCAUUGACCAUUGGGACGACAAAAACCACAGGUAGGAAACAGCGUGCGCCUCUAACUUCCAGGAGAUCUGCUAGAGCAACUGAUUCCAAAAUUCGGACUAAUCGAGCGUCAAGUGGAACUUAUCCGCGUUACAAAGGGAGCAUGAAGUUCUUGAAUGCUCCGAGCCGUUUUGAUAAUAUCGCUAUUAGCGAUUUGAUGAGAGUACGUUUGGAAACGGGUGAUUUGCAACGUUUAAUUGUGUAUUGUAAGAAACCAGAAAACAAGUGUUUGCCUGAAUGUCGUGACCUAAACCCAUGUUGUCCAUGCGACCCAUGUCCUUCUCGUGCUCCACCCGAUUGCUUUUAUGAUGCACCGAUGAAUCCAUUGUCCUAUUGCUAUAUGUAGAGACAAUUGGAGCUACACCUUACUAAAAGGGAGUUGAAAUGCAUAUAAAUAUAAGUUUAUUGAUUUGGAGAAUUAUGAUUUCGAUAUGUUUGUUAAAUUUAUUGCAUUUGUCAAUUUGAGUAAAUUUUUAAAUAAAAAUUAUUUACUCUUAAG